AUGGCAAGAGGCUCCAAGCUGAGCCGAAGACGGCUCAAGCAUUUUCUUCAUCUGUCCAAGCGCAAAUAUCGCCAACAGCGCAAGUCAUUGCAAGCUUUGUACAAGGAAGAUACGUAUCGGAUCGAUCCCGAUGUCAAAGUAACAGACAAAUCCAUAUUCAAAUACUGGAAAACUAGGCAUCGAUUGUUUUCGAAAAUGCAAACGCACAACCUGUAUAUGACGCGGGAGCUAUGGUUUAGCGUCACUCCCGAAAUAGUGGCCAAGUUUGCAGCUAGAUUCAUCAAAAGUUGUCUGCCGGACGCCCAAGUUAUUCUGGACGUCUAUUGCGGCGGUGGUGGCAACACCAUCCAGUUUGCACAGUACUUCCCAAAAGUUUACGGAGUGGACAAUUCUUUGGAUCAUCUGUACUGCACGUAUCGCAACGCUCAAGCGUACAGCGUGGAAGACCGAGUAUGGCUGAAAUAUGGGGAUUGGCCCACGCUGAGCCGGAAAAACCGAUUUGCAAAACUUCACAUCGACUGUAUCUUUUCUUCGCCGCCUUGGGGCGGCCCACAGUACUUGAAAAGCGAGGUUUACGACUUGGAAGAGUCAUUGCAGCCCCAGGGCCUUCGAGAGACGCUCAAGGGCUUUUUGCGUGUCAGUGAAAACGUUAUCCUGUUUCUGCCGCGCAACUCGGAUUUGGGACAGGUAUCACAAGUGACCCGUGAGCUUUUGGGCAACGAAGCUCGUUGCAAAGUUCUCUACGUCAAGGACAACAACUACUUGAAAGGAAUUCUAUGUUUUUGGGGGGAAAAGUUCUACAACUAUGCUACUCAGGCGACACCAGAUCAGACGACACCAGAUCAGACGACGGUGUCGUCGAACAUCGACUAUGAUAUUGAUGGCUAG